AUGGUCACACCUUGCAUUGGCGCGCUUUGCCCUCAGGCUGGCCCCAACGCUGCUGCCAACGGACCUGCUUAUAACGAGGCAGCUGUUAACGAGUCCGGAGAGCCUGCCGCUGAGCAUGGCACUGACGAUUUGCGCGCGUGCGAGCAUAAGCAUGCACAGACGCGGGCGGAUGGGGGGAAUGAGCGCAUGCAAGCGCAUCAGCUUGUGGCGAGUACAGAGUGUACCUGUGGGCAUGAGCUUGUGCGUGGCUGUAAGGUUGCUGCAGGGACGCAGAGUGUUGAAGGGGAGGGCGCACAAGGGGAGGGCGCAAAGGGGGGGAGCUGCGGUGGCUGUGGUGAGCAGGCGGAUGUGUUGGCGGAGCUACUGGGGGGAGGCCUGGGGAAACUGAGCGCAGGGGAAGUGGGGGAGGCGGGGACGAAGAGAGAGCGGGAGAUUGCUGGGAGGGGUGGAGAAGGGGACGGGAAGGGGGAAAGCGAGAAGGGGAGGGGCAUGGGGAAUGCGGGGCAGGGGGGCGGAGAAGGGAAGAGGAGCGAAGAAGGGAAGGGAGGGGGAGAGAAGAAAGGGGGCGCAGAGGGGAAGGGUGGCGGAGAAGGGAAUGGAGGUGCAGAGGGGAUGGGGGGCGGAGUGCACGAGAGGGUGGAUAGUCCGAGGGGGGAUGUGAAGAGGAGGGAGGUGCGGUGGAAGGGUAGGGGUGUGGGCGUGGGGGGGACGAGUUCUGUGAGUAGGGUGAGGGGCGGCGAGGCGAGUGAGGGGAGGAGUGUGGGCGUGAACUUGUAUGAAAGGGCAACCGCAGCUGACUUUGUCAACAGGAAGCAGAUCGGCUCUGGACGGUCAGUAUGGGGGAUCGGGGGAGCGGGGGGAGGGAGGAAGAAAGGGAGAGGGAGGGAGGGAGGGAGGAAAUGGAAUGCAGUCGUGUAUGCGGCCUCGUGCGCUAUAACGGGUCGCAAGGUGGCUGUUAAGGCGUACGUCAAGUCAGCUCUAAGUGCCCUGGACCGGCACAGGAUCAACCGAGAGGUGGCACUGCUAAUGACUCUUAAUCACGAGCACAUCAUUCAGUGGCUGGGUCACUUCGAGGACGCACAAUGCGUGUACAUAGUGCAGGAGUGGGCGUCAGGGGGGGACCUGUUUGAAGAGCUGAGGGCGAGUGGGGGGCACAUGGGAGAGGCGCGCAUAGCCAAGCACAUCCUGCUGCCGCUGAUCGCAGCACUGCACCACAUGCACACCAAAGGAGUGGUGCACCGGGAUUUGAAGCCGGAGAAUCUACUUUUGACAUUCCACGGUACUCUCAAGGUGUGUGACUUCGGCCUUGCAAUCAAUAUGAAGGAAGAGCGCCCUGCCAGCCGCCUGGGCACCCUUCAGUACAUGGCACCCGAGGUGGUGCAGAUGGCACGGGGGCAGCGUGGGCGAGGGGGGCAGGGGGGGAGGGGCAAGAGCGAGGAGAAGAGAGGGGAGAUGGAAAAGCCGAGAGGGGCGGCAGCAGGCCAUGGGCAGGUGGUGGGUGGCGCUGGUGGUGCGGUUACAGUUAGUGGUACGGAGGGUAAGCCUGGCGCUUCUCCAAUGCUACAAGGGGCGUAUGAUGAGAAGGUGGAUAUCUGGGCAUGUGGAGUGCUGGUGUACGAGCUGGUGAUGGGCCAUCCACCCUUUGAGGGCGCAUCCGACAUGCACACAGCCGCCAACAUCAUGCACCGGGAGCUCGUUCCUGAUGCUCUGCCCCAUGGGAUGUCGCCUGCAUGCAGAGACUUCAUCUGCCGAGUGCUUUGCAAGAACCCUUCCGAUCGUCCCUCGCUGCUUCAAAUGCUCGACCACCCCUUUGUAUCGGGGCAUUGCCGGGGCCGGCCUCUUUUCAAGGAGCCCAUCAGCACGUCUCGGCAUCUUUCCCCCCACUCGUUUUCCUCCCUCAUCUCCCCUGCCUCCACCUCCCCUUUUAGCCUCCAUCUCUUCUCCCUGUGCCUCUACACCCACGUCCUCGUUAUUGUCACCUGCAUCAGGAUCACCACCAGCAUCACCCCCUCGCACUCUGACGACCUCCCUGCCUAG